UUCUUUUGGACCAAGGAAUUCUGGGAUAAAUACUGCUAGGCCUCAGUACUGAGUCAGAAUCACAAGCAGCAAGAAGUUGAUCUUCUCUGCUAGCUAAAAAAAUUAAAUUUUAUUAGCCCUACAUUGUGGUCUGAGGAAAGUUACUUUUAUUUAAGAAGAAUUUACUGCCAUGUGGUCCGAUAGCAUUGUUGGUAAAGAUGGAGCAUCUCAGGCCAGUAAGAUUGCAGGCCGGAGGAAGAGGACCAGUUUCACCAAAGAGCACUUGGAGCUUCUCAGAAUGGCUUUUAGUGUGGACCCAUACCCUGGCAUUAGUGUCAGAGAAAGUCUGUCUCAAGCCACAGGCCUCCCAGAGUCACGAAUUCAGGUAUGGUUCCAGAACAAGAGGGCAAGAACCCUAAAGAACAGAUCCACUCGGACCUCACCUCAACCAGAAGCUACUACUUCGCUGUCCAGCCCUUUCCUGCCACCUCACAUGGUUGGUGUGAGAGAGAGUAGACAACCAGCAUUUAACGUCACUCAACCUCAGCUGAGAGACGACAGUGAGCAGGACUGCUUCUUUACUGACUUGUCUCCACAAAGUUUUGGCCUUCCACCGAGUGGAGCUCACUGCAGCACUCCAUCCAUCAGGCCACGCCAAGACAGGCUGAUGGGCACUAGCUUGAGUCCUUCCUCCUUUCACUCUGACUUGGAAGUUACUCCAGUUGGCUGGGGCUCCAUGAGAGCACAGACCUCACCAGAGUGUCUGUGGAGUCCACCAAUGCAGGGCACUGGAAACAACAGCAAAGAUGAAAGCCAGGUCUUUCUCUAUCCUCCACCUCCUUAUCCUCAUGGCAGUGCGAGGUCUGGAUUUCUCAACAGUUUGAAGUCCACCUCCCCUGACUCUGCAGAUUCUGCGUUUUGGGACAUGGGACUGGAGAACACCUCUCCUAUGCCAUAUUCUCAGGGUGGAAGUGGUCUGUGGGAUGAAUCUGCUCAGGAGCAGCCUCUGGCCCCGCUGCCCAAUCUGUCUUCUCAGUGUCUAGAGGAAGUUCUUGGAGAGAUGGAACCAGGCUGGUGGAAGAUUAAUGGACAGAUGGAGCUUCAAUAGGACUGUUCACAAAAGAAAAAAAAAAGAUUAUAUUUCUCAUGAAGUCAAAUGACUGAUUUCAAAUGUGAGGAAGGACUUUAGCUAAUUUGUGUGAAUUUCUCACUUUAACGUUAUCUCAAUUUUAUCUCACCUUAUCAUUUUUUUUACCUCAUGAUAUUGUGGUUAUUUAAAGGUGCUUUAUUUAUUAAUUUAAUCUAAAUCUCUUCCAAAGAGAAGCCACAGGACUCAUGCUGCGAGAUUUUACUGAUUAUUGUAACAUUAUUUAAGACCUUUGGUCAAUUUUUACAUAAUAACGUAUUUAUUUCAUCAUGUAUUGUAGAAGUACAGGAUCAGGAAAAAUGUAAAUAUUCACUUAUUUUGUACAAUAAUUUAUUGCAAAUAAAAUGUUAAGCAAAUGAA